ACGGACGCACCGCAGUCACGCAUCGAACCCCCACAUCAUUCGCCGUCACUGACAGGCGAGAAACGUCAAGGUGGUAAAGUGCAUGACCAGCAAUAACAGAGUUUGGUGACUAGGCGUUUAAUCAUACAAUUUAAACAAAUAACACUGGAUUACACUACACUCGUUUGCAAGGAACACUUCAAAUCAAUUUAUAGCUUCGCGCAGGUAUUGAUUCGUGGCGUAAACCUAAUUCGUCUGCUAAAUUGAGCAGUUUCACAGUUAGUGCCUAAUAAUACUUGAAACAGGUAACAGUAAGUGCUAGCAAUACCGUACGGCACCCGAAUUUGGACUGAACACAAAUAAUUACUAAAAAGGCAUUAAACGGAUAAUUUAACGUUCUGUAAUACACCGUUGAAAUUACCGGAAGCUUCGUCGUUUUCUUUCUUGUUUCGGCAACAAAUUAAAUUAUCCGUUUAGUUCGAAAUGUCGGUCAAUAGUGUAGCGAGCGCUAAUAAUACUCAAGAGAUGAGUGGAAGUGUUUCUCAAGGUGAGGGGAAAAAUUGUGGAACGUGUGACCGUACUGAUACGAGUCGGAUGGUGCAAUGUGACUCAUGCGACACCUGGUUUCACUAUGAAUGCGUGAAUGUGAACGACAACAUAGAACAUGAGGACUGGAUUUGCAACAAAUGUAUUAGAAAACAGCUGGAGAAGGAAAGAAUUACCUUGAAGAAUGAAAUUGAGCAGGCCAGGAAGCAGAAAGAGCAGUGGCAGUUACAACAACAGCAAGAGCAACAACUGAAGCAGCAAGAACAGUUAGAGCAGCGUCAAAAACAACAACAGCUAGAGCUGGAGAGGCUCCUACAACUUAAGGAGCAGUCGCAAAGGAUGCACGAGCAAUUUCUGCUGCUUGAUGAGUCCAUUUUAAGUCGUUCAGGGAACCUUACUCAUCCGACCCAGCAAACUGGAGCGAUUCCAAAACAGCCGCUGAUGUCAACACGUUAUGAAACUAAUGCAUUGGCGUUUUCUAGGGCCCAAAUGACGGAUACCUCAAAGGAAAGCGGAAAGGCGUCUAGUAAAGGAUCACAGCGUUCAGCAAGGAGUCGGGAACAGAAGUUAAAGGCGCUAGAAGCUAGGCAAGCUCUAGAACGGAAGCAACUGGAAGAGCGACUACGGUUGGAGGAGCAGUUAUCAGCGCUCAACGAGACGGAUUCGGAAACUACUGAAAGUGUCGAAAAGGUCGAGAAUUGGUUAAAUAAAACUCAUAUUGUCGAAAACGUGUCUUUGGAUGAAACUACGCUGCCCGGUUAUCCAGGAAAGACUCCAAAGUCAGUGAGAAUACAGCUGUCGUCCAAUUCUUCAAAAAACUCGGAUACAAACACGGUGUACCCUUCUCAAACCGUAUGUACCAAUUCUCACGUCAUACCACCUAGAAGCGUAAUUUAUUCUGAUGCAAUUCCCACUGUGCUUCCUCCCCGCGGGUCUCAGUCUUCUGUCGUGAUAACAGGGGUUUCACAGUCGAUUCUGCCGAACGAAAACUUCUUGUCUUCUUCCACGUACAUCCCACCGUCAACUAGCGAAGCAUUUCAAGGUGCAGUAGGUCUUCCACCAAGUGAUCCUGAACAAUCAUAUGUUUCGAGAUGUCCACCAAGUUCUGUCCCAGCACAAAUAUAUCCGCCCGUUUAUACUUCUCAGCAACCGAGGGUAGCCGUUGCACAGCAACACGCUCCUGGAUCUUUGGGGGCCUGGCAACCUGUUUUCGUGAAUUCUAACCCCUACGGCAAUCCGCAUGGUUCCAAUCUGCCUCCGGUAUCAGCAUCGACACCACGACAGUUCUCUUCGUUCCCGCAUUACCACCCAAACGCCGAUGGUCUCUGUAAUACUGAGAACCCGUUGAGUACGGAGCAUCUUGCAGCUAGACACACUGUGACAGAACUGCCUAAAUUUGGUGGAGAUCCGGAGGAAUGGCCAAGGUUCAUUGCAGCGUACGAACGAACCGCAAGGAUGUGCUGUUUUCGAAAUGAUGAGCUUUUGGAUCGUCUCGAAAAAAGUCUGCAAGACAGAGCUCUCAGCACCGUAAAAAGUCUUCUUCUGCAUCCAGACAAUGUUCCUAUCAUCAUACACCGUCUUAGUACCCUGUUUGGAAACCCGGAAACCAUUGUAGACACGAUGAUGAAGAGACCUGUCGGCUAG